AUAUCUGUCAAUCAAAUUGUACAGCAGAUUUUCGGAAGAGGCGUUCAUUAUAUUACGUUUUUUGCAAAAAGCACAGUGGUUUAAUAAUUAAAAAUGCUUGCUUUAAUCAAUCGUAUCCUUGAUUGGAUUAAAAGCUUGUUCUGGAAGGAGGAAAUGGAGCUAACACUGGUCGGAUUGCAGUACUCGGGGAAAACAACUUUUGUUAACGUCAUUGCCUCCGGCCAGUUCAGUGAAGACAUGAUCCCAACAGUGGGAUUCAACAUGCGCAAAAUCACCAAAGGAAACGUCACUAUCAAGGUUUGGGACAUCGGUGGCCAGCCUAGGUUCCGCUCAAUGUGGGAGAGGUACUGCCGAGGCGUUAAUGCUAUUGUUUACAUGGUAGACGCGGCGGACCCGGACAAGAUCGAGGCGUCGCGCAACGAGCUGCACAGCCUGCUGGAGAAGCAGCAGCUGACGGGCAUCCCCGUGCUCGUGCUCGGCAACAAGCGAGACCUGCCGCACGCGCUCGACGAGCACGGACUCAUCGAGCGGAUGAACCUGUCAGCCAUUCAAGACCGUGAGAUAUGCUGCUACUCAAUCUCGUGCAAAGAGAAGGACAACAUCGACAUCACGCUACAGUGGCUCAUCGCGCACAGUAAGUCGGGCAGCGCACGUUAAUGCCACUCUCGGCCCUAUGUGCAACACAUCUCAUACUAUUAAGGCGCAGUUUCGCUUGAACUUACUUCUGCCUCGAGUUAUGCCUUUUCUAAACUCGCGUGAUUGGUUCCUAAAAUCUGGGCAGUUGUAAAAUCUUGAUGACUAAAGAAACUUACUUGGAUACUAAUAAAAUUUAUUUUUGUUUUAAUUGCACAAAUAAUUAGCCAAGUGAGGAGGUGCCUUGCCUCAUAAAAAGUCUUAAAUUUCGUUUCGUUGGCUAAAGUCAGUGUAUACUUGGUUACGAGACUGAUGUCGACCCCGGGUGAAAUUGCUAGUAUACUAGACUUAUUAUCAACAUGGCUCAAGAAAUUGUAUUAUUAAAAAUAAAAUAUCGAUUGAUACAAACCUUUAGUUUUUCUAUGAAAAUGUUACGAACUGCGCCUUAGUAAUUGUGUUUGAAGCGAUGAUCUUGUUGCAUUAUUUGUAAGUUGCGACUGUAACGGAGUUAAAAUACUUUUACACAAUGUAUUAUUUUGAACGUGUAUCAGCGAGGCAUUUUAUUGUUUUUGUGUCUUAAUUCACAUGUUAUGCCUUCUUGCUUCGAGGCUAUGCCUCGUUUUGAGUCUUGCCCGAAAUAUUCGUAUGUAAUACAUUGUGAAAAGUGCUUUCAAUCCAUUUGUGUCGCGAUAAAUAAAUUUAGCUUGAGUAAUGCACUCUCUAAAACAAAAUGAUGUGGUAAAUUAUCUUGUCACAAAACAACCAUUGGCUUCAAUUAGUUUUCAUUGUUUGAAAAUGGUGCCAAGCUGAAAUUUCGUUUGU